CUCUAUGGGCAUUCCACUCUGGCCCAUUAUUCUCUAUGGGCAUUCCACUCUCCUGUUAAAGUCUAUGGGCAUUCCACUCUGUCAUUCCUUUUAGUAUGUCCCGUUUCAUACAGGUGCCAUCUUUAUAUGUCAGUACAGAGUGUGGCUCAGCACAGGGGAGGUGGCUGACAGGUUGGUGCCGGUGACUACUCCCCGUCCUCCCCCUAUAAGACACGUGGAGGCCGCCUCAUCCUCCUCAUCCCCGCGGCGCAGUCAUCUAUCGAUUUCAGCCAAAAGCCUAUAGCAAAAUGAACUCCCUUACGAUAAAACGAGUUGUCAAUGACAUCAUCAAGUCUCCAGAAGACAAGAGGGAGUACCGGGGUGUGGAGCUGGUAAAUGGGAUAAAAGCAGUGCUUAUAUGUGACCCCACAACCGACAAAUCCUCCGCAGCUCUGGAUGUUUAUAUUGGAUCUCUCUCAGAUCCGGACAAUAUUCCAGGACUUGCUCACUUUUGUGAGCACAUGCUUUUCUUGGGCACAAAAAAAUACCCCAAAGAGAAUGAGUACAGCCAAUUUCUAAGUGAACAUGCAGGAAGCUCUAAUGCCUUCACCAGUGGAGAACAUACCAACUACUACUUUGAUGUGUCCCAUGAACACCUCGAGGGGGCAUUGGACAGGUUUGCCCAGUUUUUUCUGUGCCCUCUCUUUGAUGAGAGCUGUAAGGAUCGGGAAGUAAAUGCAGUGGAUUCUGAGCAUGAAAAGAACCUAAUGAAUGAUACCUGGAGACUGUUCCAACUGGAGAAGGCAACAGGAGACCCCAAUCACCCCUUCCAUAAAUUUGGAACAGGUAAUAAGCUUACUCUUGAAACAAGACCCACACAAGAAGGGCUUGAUGUGCGACAAGAAUUGCUGAAAUUUCACUCCACGUAUUAUUCUUCUAACCUGAUGUCCAUCUGUGUACUUGGAAGAGAAACUCUAGAUGAGUUGUCAGAGAUGCUGGUGAAACUGUUCACAGAAGUAGAGAACAAAAAUGUCCCAGUUCCAGAAUUCCCUGAAAAUCCCUUCCAGAAGCAGUACCUGCAGAAAACAUACAAAAUAGUGCCUAUAAAGGACAUAAGAAACCUGUAUGUCACAUUCCCAAUCCCUGACCUCCGGGAGUAUUACAAGUCUAACCCAGGACAUUAUCUUGGACACCUCAUAGGACAUGAAGGACCUGGAAGUCUUCUCUCUGAACUAAAGGCUAAAGGCUGGGUGAAUACCCUGGUAGGAGGCCAGAAAGAAGGAGCCAGAGGAUUCAUGUUCUUCAUCAUUAAUGUAGAUCUGACAGAGGAAGGCCUGUUACAUGUGGAUGACAUCAUUUUCCACAUGUUUCAGUACAUCCAAAAACUCAGAACAGAGGGUCCCCAAGAAUGGGUGUUCCAAGAAUGCAAGGAUUUGAAUGCAGUUGCCUUUCGGUUUAAAGAUAAAGAGCGUCCACGUGGCUACACAUCAAAGGUUUCUGGACUACUACAUUAUUACCCAUUAGAAGAAGUUUUCGCGGCUGAGUAUUUACUAGAAGAAUUCAGGCCAGAUUUAAUAGAAAUGGUGCUUGAUAAACUACGACCAGAAAAUGUCAGAGUGGCCAUCGUUUCAAAGUCUUUUGAGGGCAAAACUGACCAAACAGAAGAGUGGUACGGAACACAUUACAAGCAAGAGGACAUCCCUACAGAUGCUAUUGAGAAGUGGCAAAAAGCUGAUUUAAAUGGAAAGUUUCAUCUACCAAUGAAGAAUGAAUUUAUUCCCACAAAUUUUGAGAUUGUUCCCUUGGAAAAAGAUGCAACACCCUAUCCUGCACUGGUUAAGGAUACGGCAAUGAGCAAAUUAUGGUUCAAACAAGAUGACAAAUUCUUUCUUCCCAAAGCCUGCCUCAACUUUGAGUUCUUUAGCCCAUUUGCUUAUGUGGAUCCUUUGCAUUGUAACAUGGCCUAUUUGUACCUUGAACUUCUUAAAGAUUCUCUCAACGAGUAUGCAUAUGCAGCAGAGCUAGCCGGCCUGAACUAUGACCUCCAAAAUACCAUCUAUGGGAUGUAUCUGUCUGUGAAAGGUUACAAUGACAAGCAGCAUAUCUUACUGAAGAAAAUCAUUGAGAAAAUGGCUACAUUUGAGAUAGACGAGAAACGGUUCGAGAUCAUUAAGGAAGCGUACAUGCGCUCCCUGAACAAUUUCCGGGCAGAACAGCCUCACCAGCAUGCAAUGUAUUACCUAAGGCUGCUGAUGACUGAAGUGGCCUGGACCAAAGAGGAGCUCCGGGAAGCUCUAGAAGAUGUUACCCUCCUUCGUCUCAAGGCCUUCAUUCCUCAGCUGCUGUCCAGGCUGCAUGUUGAAGCCCUUCUUCAUGGAAAUAUAACAAAGCAGACUGCAUCCGGCAUCAUGCAGAUGGUGGAGGACACCCUUAUAGAGUAUGCUCACACAAAGCCCCUGCUCCCCAGUCAGCUGGUCAGAUACAGAGAAGUACAACUCCCUGACAGGGGCUGGUUUGUGUAUCAGCAGCGGAAUGACGUCCAUAAUAACUGCGGUAUUGAGAUCUAUUAUCAGACAGACAUGCAGAGUACCUCUGAAAACAUGCUUCUGGAGCUGUUCUGUCAGAUCAUUGCCGAGCCCUGCUUUAACACGCUCCGUACCAAGGAACAGCUGGGUUAUAUUGUGUUCAGUGGGCCCCGCAGGGCGAACGGAAUCCAAGGCCUGCGUUUUAUUAUUCAGUCAGAGAAGCAGCCACAUUACUUAGAGAGCCGGGUUGAGGCCUUUUUGAAGACCAUGGAGAAGUCCUUGGAGGAGAUGACGGAUGAGGCCUUCCAGAAACACAUCCAAGCUCUAGCUCUCAGGCGCCUAGACAAGCCAAAAAAGCUUUCUGCUGAAUGUGCAAAAUACUGGGGGGAAAUCAUCUCUCAGCAGUAUCACUUUGAUAGAGAUAAUGUUGAAGUGGCGUAUCUGAAAACCCUGGUCAAGGAUGAUAUCAUGAAAUUUUACAAGGAAUUAUUAUCUGUGGAAGCUCCUAGAAGGCAUAAAGUAUCUGUGCACGUACUCGCUAGAGAGAUGGAUUCAUGUCCUGUUGUAGGGGAGUUCCCAAGUCAAAAUGAUGUCAAUCUUGCUCCAGCACCAGCUCUUCCACAGCCCGAUGUCAUCAGCAACAUUACAGAGUUUAAGCGGAGCCUACCUCUCUUCCCGUUGGUAAAGCCACAUGUUAAUUUCAUGGCUGCAAAACUAUGAUGCAAGCAAAAGCAGGAAGACCCGGAAAACAUGAAAGCAUGGAGUUCUCCGUUGGGCUUAGUAAUGAGUAAACCUUGUGUUGACAAUAGUAGGAUUUUGCUAAUAGACCUUCACUAAGUUAAACAGAUGAUCUAGAUAAAAUUGAAUAGGUUAUUUUUAAAUUGUGGCUUGUCCGAAACAAUCGCAGCGCUGCGUCCUAUACAGAAGGAAGUGUAAUGAUUAUUUUUAUCAAUGUGUUUGUGUGUAUACAUAGAUCUAUAUAAACCAAUGAUUUGCGGUGGAUAGAGUUCUUAUGAAGAGGUCCCAGUUUUGGCUAAUGGACUUUGGAUAUAGUGAAACAACAUUAAAUGCUGCCAUUUUACCAUUUAAAUACCGGGUUAUAUCACCAGGUCUACAUUUACUCUUAGACAGGUAUUCUACUUUUUGCAUGGUGUGUACUCCAUUGUUUUAUCCAGUUUCUUUAGGUUUUGCAGGCAAAAAGACAUGGUGGUUUGUCAGGUCAUGUGAGAACACAUUUAUAGCUGGGAUGUUAAAGAUGCUGCCAUAAAACCAUCUGAUCAAUCCUCAUUCAACAAAAUACUGCAUUAAAUGUGCUACAUAGCGACCAAGAAUAUAAUGCCUUCUCUGUUGUAUCGCCUUAUGUUCUACUAAGACCUCACUAUACAGACACCAAGAACAGCAGCAAGUUAGCGGUAAGGGGGUGUCAGAAAGAAACAUAUGGUAGAUAUCUGGUCUAAAGUACUUAUUAGGUUGCUAUGGGGAAACCUUCGUAUAAUCUGUUGAUAUACCUUUUUAGUGUGUUUAAAAAAAGGAAGAAAAAAUGUAUAUUCCUGUGCAAAGUUAUCAGCUGAUACAGUUACAGCCUGUGGAGACACUUGUGGAUAACCCUUCCGGUCCAUGUUCUGUGGGUUACCAAAAUCUAGGUGUCUGGAUCAAUGAGCUGCUAGGGUAAGUGAACAGUAAUGCACUGUAAAUCCCUGAUAAUUCAUCACAGGAAUAUAUAUAUCAUUUUUUCUUUUUUGUUAAACCUUACUGCUGACAGAUUACCAUUAAAGGGGUACUCCACUGAAAAACAUUUUUUUAAUCAGCUGGUGCCGGAAAGUUAAAAAGAUUUGUAAAUUACUUCUAUUAAAAAAAUCUUAAUACUUCCGGUACUUAUCAGCUGCUGUUAUGAUCCACAGGAAGUUCUUUUCUUUUUGAAUUUUCUUUCUGUCUGACCACACUACUUUCUGCUGACACCUCAGUCCAUUUUAGGAACUGUCCAGAGCAGGAGCAAAUCCCCAUAGAAAACCUAUCCUGCUCUGGACAGUUCCUAAAGUUGACAGAGAUGUCCGCAUAGAGCACUGUGGUCAGA